AGUUGGUAGUCUACGCUGGUAAAGUGAGACCAGAAGGGGAGGCUUCCCGAACGGAUAAAGCCAACGAAGCAGACAAUAAUUGCGUUUAUUCUCUGGAGCUGAAGAAAGCCUCAGUCGUCUCUCUCUCCUUCUCCCCAACCUUUUCGCAGGCAGCAUGGAUAUGAAGGUUUGCUUAGUUCUUGUCAUACUAGGUGCUAGCUGGUGCUGUAGUGCCAGAGAUUUGGCGAGCUCUGUCCCUAGUACAGAAACUGUAGAUAUUCCAGAGAGACAAGAAGUUCAAGCUGUAAAAGUAGCCAAGGGAAAUGAUAUAGUUUGCACCAUGUGCGAAGAAUUUACAAAUCAGGCACUCAAUUACCUUAAUAAUAACAAGACUCAAGAAGAGAUUAUUGGUCUCCUUCUUAAGUCUUGCGCUAAGCUGCGUGUCUACAAGCAGCAGUGCGUCACAUUGGUGAAUUAUUAUGGCCCUCUUUUCUUCUUAGAGCUCUCAUCAAUAAAGCCUCAACAAUUCUGUCAAGAAGUUGCCCUAUGUCAAAAAGUUGCUUUCAUUUCUCAGCAAGUUUCUAACAAUACCUGCAAUUUAUGCCAUUAUGCUGUAUCCGAGGUGUUAAUGAAGUUGAAAGAUCCCGACACUCAGUUAGAGGUACUCGAGCUGCUCCUGAAGGCAUGUGAUUCAGCCAAGAACUACGCCCAAAAGUGUAAGAAACUGGUUUUCGAAUAUGCUCCCGUCAUCCUCAUCAACGCCGAGCAGUUCCUAGAAGCAACCGAUGUGUGCACCAUUCUUCACGCAUGUGAUUCCCCUGCAGCCGUAGUAGAACAGGCGUUGCCAGUGACAGAUGCUUUGAUGCAUUCUGCAUCUUAGAAAACCAAAGCUUCCCCAUACCCCCUUAGCGGCCACGACUGUGAACUAUUGUUUGCUUCUUCGCCUACUCGUGUGGUGUAUACACGCGAAGAAGAUUCAUAUUAUGUGUGUAAAGUGUUCAUACCAGUACUCUCUGUGUACAAUACGAUAAUCUUUCUUAUGAAGAUUCACAAUAUUUCUUGGACAUUA